AUGAGCACGCAGGCGCGGGGCCAGGGCGGGCGCAGAGCGACCGAUCCCGACGGCGAGAUGCCGGCCACCGAGAAGGACCUGGCGGAGGACGCUCCCUGGAAGCGGAUCCAGCAGAACACGUUCACCCGCUGGUGCAACGAGUGGAAGCGGAUCCAGCAGAACACCUUCACCCGCUGGUGCAACGAGCACCUGCGCUGCGUCAACAAGCGCAUCGGUAACCUGCAGCACGACCUGAGCGAUGGGCUGCGCCUCAUCGCCCUUCUGGAGGUGCUCAGCCAGAAGCGCAUGUACCGCAAGUACCACCAGCGGCCCACCUUCCGCCAGAUGCAGCUGGAGAACGUCUCGGUGGCCCUGGAGUUCCUGGAGAGCAUCAAGCUGGUCUCCAUAGAUAGUAAAGCCAUAGUUGAUGGAAACUUGAAGUUGAUCCUUGGUCUGAUAUGGACCCUUAUCCUCCACUACUCCAUUUCCAUGCCAGUGUGGGAAGAUGAAGGUGAUGAUGAUGCAAAGAAACAGACCCCUAAGCAGAGGCUGCUGGGCUGGAUCCAGAACAAAAUCCCUUACUUGCCCAUCACGAACUUCAAUCAAAACUGGCAGGAUGGCAAAGCGCUGGGGGCUCUUGUCGACAGCUGUGCUCCUGGCCUGUGCCCGGACUGGGAGACCUGGGACCCGAAGAAACCUGUGGACAAUGCUCGGGAAGCCAUGCAGCAGGCAGAUGACUGGUUAGGAGUGCCGCAGGUUAUUACCCCUGAAGAAAUUAUCCACCCCGAUGUGGAUGAGCACUCUGUAAUGACAUACCUGUCCCAGUUCCCCAAAGCCAAGCUGAAACCAGGAGCUCCUUUAAAACCCAAACUGAAUCCAAAGAAAGCAAGGGCUUACGGCAGAGGGGUUGAGCCUCAUGGGAACAUGGUGAAGCAGCCUGCCAUCUUCACAGUAGACACCAUCAGUGCUGGGCAGGGAGAGCUGAUGGUCUUCAUAGAGGAUCCAGAAGGAAACAGAGAGGAGGCAAAGAUAACGCCAUCCAGUGACAAAAACAAGACCUAUUCAGUUCAGUAUGUGCCAAGGGUUACUGGACCUCACAAGGUUUCGGUCCUGUUUGCUGGGCAGCACAUCUCAAAGAGCCCAUUUGAAGUGAAUGUUGACAAAGCCCAGGGAGAUGCGAGCAAAGUAACAGCAAAGGGACCAGGACUGGAGGCAACAGGGAACAUUGCCAACAAGCCUACCUACUUUGACCUCUACACAGCAGGUGCUGGUGUGGGUGACGUGAACGUGGAAGUGGAGGAUCCUCAGGGGAGAAGCAUUGCUGAAGUUGUAGUAGAAGACAAAGGCAACCAAGUCUACCGCUGCACCUACAAGCCUGUUCAAGCUGGUCCUCACAUUGUCAAAGUGACUUUUGCUGGGGAGGCAAUUCCUAAAACUCCUUGCACUGUUCUCAUUGGAGAGGCCUGCAACCCGAAUGCGUGUCGUGCCACCGGCAGAGGUCUGCAGCCCAAGGGCGUCCGCAUGAGGGAAACGGCUGACUUCAAGGUUGAUACGAGAGCAGCGGGGAGCGGAGAUCUCGGAGUCACUAUAAAGGGACCGAAGGGCUUGGAGGAGCUGGUGAAACAAAAAGGCUUUAUGGAUGGUGUGUAUGCCUUUGAAUAUUAUCCAGCUACCCCAGGGAAGUACGUUGUCACGAUUACAUGGGGAGGGCACAACAUCCCAAAAAGCCCCUUUGAAGUUCAAGUGGGUCACGAAGCAGGUCCUCAGAAAGUGCGAGCCUGGGGGCCAGGACUGCAUGAGGGGAUUGUGGGCAAAUCUGCUGAUUUCAUGGUAGAGUCCAUUGGCACAGAAGUUGGCUCUCUUGGCUUCGCAAUAGAAGGCCCUUCUCAGGCUAAAAUUGAGUGUGAUGACAAAAACGAUGGCUCAUGCGAUGUGAAGUAUUGGCCCAAAGAGCCCGGUGAAUAUGCCGUGCACAUCAUGUGCGAUGAUGAGGACAUAAAAGACAGCCCUUUCAUGGCCCUCAUCCAACCGGCUUCAGGAGACUUCAACCCAGAUAAGGUGAAGGCUUAUGGCCCAGGCCUGGAGAGGACAGGCUGUAUAGUGAACAAUCCUGCUGAGUUUACAAUUGAAACCAAGGAUGCUGGGAAAGCGCCUCUGAAGAUGUAUGCACAGGAUGGAGAAGGAAACCCCAUUGAUAUCCAGAUAAAGAGCAAGCCUGACGGUGUGUUUGUCUGUUCCUAUGUGCCAGUUAAACCAAUCAAACAUACAAUUUCUGUUGUCUGGGGAGGAGCCAAUGUGCCCAAUAGCCCAUUUAGGGUCAUUAUAGGUCAAGGGAGUCAUCCUCAGAAAGUGAAAGUGUUUGGUCCUGGUGUGGACAGAACUGGUCUGAAGGCGAACGAGCCGACCCACUUCACUGUUGACUGCACGGAUGCGGGGGAAGGUGAUGUCAGCGUUGGAAUUAAGUGUGAUGCUCGUGUGGUUAGCGAUGAGGAAGAAGACAUAGAUUUCGACAUCAUCCACAAUGCUAAUGAUACGUUCACAGUGAAAUACGCGCCGCCUGCUGCUGGGCGCUACACUAUUAAAGUGCUUUUUGCAGGACAGGAAAUUCCUGCCAGCCCAUUCAGGGUUAAAGUGGACCCCUCGCAUGAUGCCAGCAAAGUGAAAGCUGAAGGACCUGGGCUGAGCAAAACUGGCGUGGAAAACGGGAAGCCAACACACUUCACUGUGUUCACCAAGGGAGCAGGAAAAGCACCGUUGGAUGUGCAGUUCAGCAGCCCAGUGCCGGGAGAGGUGGUGACAGAUCUGGAUAUCAUUGACAACUAUGACUAUUCCCACACGGUUAGGUACACUCCCAUACAGCAGGGGCCAAUGAAGGUGUUGGUAACAUACGGUGGUGAUCCUAUCCCUAAAAGCCCUUUCACUGUGGGUGUUGCUGCUCCGCUAGACCUGAGUAAAGUUAAAGUCAAUGGACUCGAGAACAGAGUGGAAGUAGGGAAGGAUCAGGAAUUUGUAAUUGACACCAAAGGAGCUGGUGGGCAAGGUAAACUGGAUGUCAGUAUUUCCAGUCCUAUGAGGAAAUCUGUGCCGUGUCUAGUGGAACCAGUUCUGGGUAAGGAGUGCAGUACUGCAAAAUACAUCCCAAGGGAAGAAGGACUGUACAUGGUGGAUGUGAGUUAUGAUGGCAACCCAGUCCCAGGGAGCCCCUAUACUGUGGAGGCCAUGCUCCCUCCAGAUCCCUCCAAGGUAAAAGCUCAUGGUCCUGGUCUUCGAGGGGGCCUCGUUGGAAAACCAGCCCAGUUCACAAUAGAUACCAAAGGGGCAGGAACUGGAGGUUUGGGUUUGACGGUCGAAGGCCCGUGUGAAGCUAAAAUUGAAUGCUCGGACAAUGGUGAUGGGACCUGCUCUGUCUCCUACCUGCCUACGAAGCCUGGAGAGUAUUUCGUGAACAUCCUCUUUGAAGAAGUUCACAUUCCUGGUUCGCCGUUUAAGGCAGACAUAGAAAUGCCAUUUGAUGUCUCUAAAGUUGUUGCCACGGGCCCGGGUCUGGAACGUGGUAAAGUAGGCGAGGCAGGGCUGCUGAACGUCGACUGCACAGAGGCAGGUCCUGGAGACCUGCGAGUGGACAUGGUGUCAGAUGCUGGCUCUAAAGCUGAGGUCCAGGUUGAUGAUAACAAAGAUGGGACCUAUGUAGUGACGUAUGUACCACUCUCGGCGGGCAUGUACACAAUCAAGAUGAGAUAUGGAGGUGAACAAGUGCCUAAAUUCCCAGCCCGGGUCAAAGUGGAGCCAGCUGUGGACACAAGCAGAGUUAAAGUGUUUGGACCAGGAGUGGAAGGGAAAGAUGUCUUCCGAGAAGCUACAACUGAGUUCACUGUGGACGCUCGACCUCUAACAAAGGCUGGCGGUGACCACAUCAGAAUGCAGAUCAUGAGCCCGUCCGGCUCCCCCGCCGACUGUCUCAUCCAGGACAAUGCCGAUGGAACGUAUUCAGUAGAGUACACGCCGUUUGAAAAGGGUCCGCACACAGUCAGCGUUACGUACGAUGGUGUCCCUGUGCCAAAGAGUCCCUUCAGAGUGAAUGUGACAGAGGGCUGCCAUCCAUCGCGUGUGAAGGCACAAGGACCUGGACUCAGUGAAGCUUUCACAAAUCAGCCAAACGCCUUUUCCGUUGUCACCAGAGGGGCAGGAAUUGGUGGCCUUGGAAUAACUGUUGAAGGACCUUCAGAGUCCAAAAUCAGCUGUAAAGAUAACAAGGAUGGGAGCUGCAGUGCUGAGUACAUUCCUUAUGUUCCAGGAGACUACGAUGUUAACAUCACAUAUGGGGGAGAACAUAUUCCUGGCAGUCCUUUCAAGGUUCCUGUGAAGGAUGUUGUGGAUCCCAGCAAGGUGAAGAUUGCAGGACCAGGUCUGGGAACAGCUGUUCGAGCUAAAAUCCCACAGUCCUUCACUGUAGACACCAGCAAGGCAGGAGUAGCACCCCUCGAGGUGGUAGUGGCAGGACCCAGAGGAGUUGUGGAGCCUGUUAACGUGGUUGACAAUGGCGAUGGCACCCACACAGUGGUGUACACACCUACACAGGAGGGGCCGUAUAUGAUCUCUAUCAGAUAUGCUGAUGAAGAGAUCCCUCGCAGUCCCUUCAAGGUGAAGGUGCUUCCUACGUACGAUGCCAGUAAAGUGACGGCGAGUGGACCAGGUCUCAGUUCCUAUGGCAUACCAGCUAGCCUGCCCGUGGAGUUCGCUGUGGAUGCUAAGGACGCCGGGCAGGGACUUCUGGCUGUACAGAUCACUGACCAAGAGGGCAAACCCAAGAGAGUGGACGUUCAUGACAACAAGGAUGGCACUUACACAGUCACUUAUGUCCCUGACAAAACGGGCCGCUACACAAUCGGUGUGAAGUAUGGGGGAGAUGAUAUCCCGUCCUCUCCCUAUCGGAUCCGGGCAUCUCCAGCUGGGGAUGCCAGCAAGUGUCUGGCCACAGGUCCUGGAAUUGCACCCACUGUGAAGACUGGUGAGGAGGUUGGUUUUGUGGUAGAUGCCAAAUCAGCAGGGAAGGGAAAAGUGACGUGCACCGUCCUGACGCCAGAUGGGACAGAAGCUGAAGCAGAUGUUGUUGAAAAUGAGGACGGGACUUACGAUAUCUUCUACACUGCCGCCAAACCAGGAACCUAUGUGAUUUAUGUCCGCUUUGGUGGGGUGGACAUUCCCAACAGUCCUUUCACUGUCAUGGUCACAGAAGAAGCCUAUGUCCCGGUUGGAGACAUGAACGGCAUGGGAUUCAGGCCCUUUGAUAUGGUUAUCCCUUUUGCCGUAAGGAAAGGAGAAAUAACAGGUGAAGUACACAUGCCUUCUGGAAAGAUGGAUACGCCAGAUAUUGUGGAUAACAAAGACGGCACAGUGACAGUGAGAUACGCUCCUACAGAGGUCGGGCUGCAUGAAAUGCACAUAAAAUAUAUGGGAAAGCACAUCCCAGAGAGCCCUCUGCAGUUCUAUGUGAAUUACCCAAACAGUGGCAGUGUGUCUGCUUAUGGGCCUGGCCUCAUCUAUGGAGUUGCCAAUAAACCCGCAACUUUCACCAUUGUCACAGAAGAUGCAGGAGAGGGUGGGCUGGACUUGGCUAUUGAAGGACCUUCAAAAGCGGAGAUCAGCUGCAUUGAUAACAAAGAUGGUACGUGCACAGUCACGUACCUGCCUACUCUACCUGGAAACUACAGCAUCCUGGUCAAGUACAACGACAAGCACAUCCCGGGCAGUCCCUUCACGGCCAAGAUCACAGAUGAUAACAGAAGACGAUCCCACGUUAAGCUUGGUUCUGCUGCUGACUUUCUGUUGGACAUCAAUGAGACUGAUCUCAGUCUCCUAACAGCCAGCAUUAAAGCCCCAUCAGGUCGUGAUGAACCUUGUCUUCUGAAGAGGCUACCAAACAACCACAUUGGCAUCUCAUUCAUUCCACGGGAAGUAGGAGAACAUCUGGUUAGCAUCAAGAAAAAUGGGAGCCAUGUACCAAACAGCCCUGUAACAAUCAUGGUGGUCCAGUCUGAAAUAGGAGAUGCCAGACGAGCAAGAGUUUUUGGACGUGGCUUGGUAGAAGGACGAACCUUUGAAAUGUGUGACUUCAUUGUAGACACAAGAGACGCAGGUUAUGGUGGGAUCUCACUGGCAGUUGAAGGACCCAGCAAGGUAGAUAUCCAAACUGAAGACCUAGAAGAUGGAACUUGCAAAGUGUCCUAUUUUCCAACUGUACCUGGCGUGUACAUUGUGUCCACUAAAUUUGCAGAUGAACAUAUUCCAGGCAGUCCUUUUACUGUGAAGAUAAGUGGUGAAGGAAGAGUUAAGGAGAGCAUCACAAGAACAAGACGGGCUCCCUCUGUUGCAACAGUAGGAAGCAUAUGUGAUCUGAACCUAAAAAUUCCAGAAAUUGAUUGUGGGGAUAUGACAGCCCAGGUAACUAGUCCCUCUGGAAGAAACUUUGAUGCAGAAAUCGUAGAAGCUGACAAAAACACCUACUGCGUCCGCUUUGUGCCACAAGAAAUGGGGGUCCACACUGUGGAUGUCAAAUACAGAGGGCAGCCAGUGCCAGGCAGCCCCUUCCAGUUCACCGUGGGGCCGCUGGGCGAGGGAGGAGCCCAUAAAGUGAGAGCUGGAGGCCCAGGGCUGGAGCGUGGAGAGACCGGCAUCCCAGCCGAGUUCAGUAUAUGGACACGGGAAGCUGGAGCUGGAGGGUUGUCUAUUGCUGUAGAAGGCCCAAGUAAAGCAGAAAUCGCUUUUGAAGAUAAUAAAGAUGGAUCUUGUGGUGUAUCAUACAUAGUUCAAGAGCCAGGCAACUAUGAGGUGUCCAUAAAGUUCAAUGACGAGCACAUUCCUGAAAGCCCCUACCUGGUUCCUGUCAUCGCCCCCUCUGAUGAUGCUCGCAGGCUCACUGUCACUAGCCUUCAGGAGUCUGGAUUAAAAGUUAAUCAGCCAGCAUCCUUUGCUAUAAGGCUGAAUGGGGCAAAGGGCAAGAUCGAUGCUAAAGUCCACAGCCCCUCCGGAGCUGUAGAGGAGUGCCACGUGUCUGAGCUGGAGCCAGACAAGUAUGCUGUGCGGUUCAUCCCCCACGAAAACGGCAUCCACUCAAUCGACGUGAAGUUCAACGGCAGCCAUGUCGUGGGCAGCCCUUUCAAAGUGCGCGUUGGCGAGCCCGGACAGGCAGGCAAUCCCGCGCUCGUCACGGCGUACGGAUCCGGCCUGGAGAGCGGCACCACGGGACUGCAGUCGGAGUUUUUCAUUAACACGACCAAGGCUGGUCCAGGUACCCUCUCUGUUACAAUUGAAGGGCCAUCAAAGGUGAAAAUGGACUGCCAAGAAACUCCAGAAGGUUACAAAGUCAUGUACACACCCAUGGCUCCAGGAAACUAUUUAAUUGGAGUUAAAUAUGGUGGACCUAACCAUAUAGUGGGCAGCCCCUUCAAGGCAAAGGUUACAGGACAGCGACUUGUUAGCCCAGGCAGCGUCAACGAAACUUCUUCCAUCCUGGUAGAGUCAGUGACGAGGUCAUCGACUGAAACUUGCUAUAGUGCCAUUCCCAAAUCCACCUCGGAUGCCAGCAAAGUGGUUUCCCGGGGAGCAGGACUCUCAAAGGCUUUUGUGGGUCAGAAAAGCUCCUUCUCCGUGGACUGCAGCAAAGCAGGUUCAAAUAUGUUGUUAGUUGGUGUCCAUGGACCUACAAUACCGUGUGAAGAGGUGUCCAUCAAGCAUUUGGGCAGCCAUCAGUACAAUGUAACGUAUGUUGUCAAGGAGAGGGGUGACUAUAUCCUGGCGGUGAAGUGGGGUGAUGAGCACAUCCCUGGGAGUCCCUUCCACGUUACCGUUCCUUAAACUCGCCCAGCGUCGGAGUCGAUGGUUGUAUUUGCAAUCCAGAUGUAAAACCAUCCUGGGUGCAGUCCUGUUGCAAAAUGCAGUAUCUAGAUACACAUGGCUCACAUUUCAAUACAGGCAGAAGUAAACUCUGUAACUUUGUUUUUUUACAAGCAUUUCACUUCUAUCCUACUUACCAACCUAACGUCAAUCUAUUUAAUGUCCUCCUCAAAUUGUACCUUUGCAGUACUGUCUGGGUCACUGUUAAUGUUUGGAGAAUCAUGUGGAGAACAAGAUACUAAUUUCCCUUGCGGAUGUUAAAGACUUUAGAUGUUAAUUGAAAACUGGAAUUUGUCUUUGUAAUUGGGUAUCUUAACUACUGAUUUUAUUUGAGUCGAGACUUUACAUUUUAGUUAUGAAUAUGACUUGGGCUAUCCCCAGUUCAAAUUCUUUUCUGUAAAGAAAUAAGGUAAAACUGGUACUAUAAUAGGUGCCUUUGUAUACUUGAUCAAUUUUAACGCUUAACAUUAUAAAAAGCUACUAAAAGUGGCUUUACCACUCAAAUUUAAAAUGUUUUUGUAAAUGCUUUGCUAAUGGUUUACAUUUAAGAAAAGUUUAUCUUUUAUAGCAAACCAAAAGCAGACUGAAAAUGACUUCCUGGAAGCUUUCAGCCUUUCUAUGUUAAUGCUUUGUGAAUCUAGACAGGUAGCUUUUUGGCCAUGAUGCUAGCAGUGCGGUUUUUAAUUUGCUUGAUUCUGGUGAGAUUUCUGUAACUUUACAGGUAACUCCCCACACUCUGUUUGGUUUAUUUUCUUUUUAAGAACAACCCCCAGUUCAGCUGGGUUAAAUAAAGUCCCUGAACUUGCCGAGCCAGG